AUGGAACACUCAAUGAUUCCAUUGGAUGAUUUACCUAAUGAGAUUCUUAUGAUGAUUUUUAACAACAUGUGUCAAGCUGAUGUCCUCUAUUCUUUAAUAGGUGUUAAUCAACGACUUAACACAAAUGUAUUUGAUCCAAUUUUUACUAAUCAUUUGACUUUACUGGAACAUUCCUCGGAUAACUCCAUACAUUCAUUAACUAAUUCAAUACUUGAUCAAUUUUGUUUACAAAUUUUACCUAAAAUUAAGCAUAAAAUCCAAUGGCUUGAUCUUGAACCAUGA